AUGUCAAGGGACAUCCAUCAAUUCGUGAGCGCUGACUGGGAGCCCGAAUUCGCCAACGAAACAUGGGAUCCGCCACCGCACAUGCGCACGGACUUGACCCGCCUCGAAGGCCCCACCAUCCCCAUCAUCGGUCGCCACUUCUACCGCGUCCCUGAUGCGCGUCUGCUCAAGGUUGGCGGCAGCGAGGGUGAGGCCCGAAUGACGGUCCUCGCGCGUCGCGUCCUCGAGGGCACUCUCACCAUCUCGACAGUGCAUGCCUUCAUCCAGAUACCCGACAGCGGGAGCGCGAUCCUAUCGGACAGAGUGCAAGGAGUCCCUCUCAGCACUUUGUGGAACGAUAUCUCCGCCUCACAGCGCACGACUAUCAAGAACCAAUUGUGUGACGUGUUGCUGGCGAUGCGAAAGCCCUCGUUCGAGUACGCCGGACGACCAGGUCGCAGGCCGUACGUUCUCCCCACAGUGCUUGCCUCUUCUGCCUACGACUUUUGUUCUGAUCUGGAGGCAUGGAACGAGUCGCGCGCGCGAGCGAUCGUAGGCAAUGUGGCGGACGCACGUCGUGCGGAGUCUUUGCGCGAGCAGCAGUACAAGCUGGUCGUGACGGACCGCUUCGUCCUUACUCACGGAGACCCGUCUGAUCGCAAUAUUAUUGUGGAACCAGACACACUCAAUAUCGUCGGCCUUCUUGACUGGGAAGACGCAAAUGUAGUCCCGAGCUAUUUCGAAUAUGUCGCAGCCAGGCUUUCCAGCGGCCAUCUGCCAUAUUGGCGAGUGGAGCUUCUGGAAGUGCUGGAGAAAGUGCUGGAAAGGGGAUGCGGAGAGACAACCAAUGUAGAGGAGGAAUUUGCGCGCUGGAAGGCCCUGGUAGACGUUGAGAGAUAUGCUCAAGGCUUGGAUGAUGACUGCGCAUGGACAUUCGAGCCUGACGCGGACGAUCGUGGGAUCCCUACCUGCUAA